AUCGACCGAUAUCUUGUCCGUCGUGGUGGCUGCACUGUACGAGUCAAUGACAUCACCGGCAAACGUUUCUGAGCAUUGUGUAAAAUAGGUAUUAGGUACACAUUAUUAUCUCCCGGGGGAAAACGGUCUACCGCGGUCUACGAACAGUACAAACUAUUGAAACCAAGCGUCGGACAGACACGGACGACAAGUCGGUGCCGCUGCCGACCUUCCGUUGGUCGCCCCUUACUCGCGUUCUGCCUUCUGCAGUGGCAAUUGGCAGUUCUCCGCGUUCUCGUUAGUCGGCAGUCACCGUUGCGACUCGGUAGUCGGUGGUGGCAGUCGUGCUUAGUGCUCUCGUCCCUUUUCGCUAUGAUUUUUUUCUUUUAGAAUUUUCUAUGCUCCGCUUGUAGUUCUAGGUAAAUUAACAUCGAACCCAAGUCAUAUUCGUAUUCAUGAAAAUGUCAAUAAUAUACGGUGCUAUCGUUCUCAAUAGUAGUAAUAAUGUGUAUUUUCUCACUGAAAUGUCUUUUCUUUGACUUGACUUCAAUGAUCAAAAAUAUAUUUAAAUAAAAUUAAGUCGUAGCCGAAGGGUUGUUCCUAUAAGCUAUAGUUAAUAACCAUUUAAACAUUUUUAACAUAAUAUAUACCAAUGGCUUUUCAAGAAUUCAAUAAUACAGGUUAUUGGGGUAAACCUACAGCUACCAUUGAUUGGUGUGAGAAAAACUAUGAAGUAAAUUACUAUGUUGCUGAAAUGUGGAAUACUAUCAGUAAUUUAAUGAUGAUAAUACCUCCAUUAUGGGGUAUUUGGGACAUGAAAAAACAAAAAUUUGCUCGAAGAUUUUUUUUGUGUUAUGCAUUUAUUUUGGUGGUUGGUUUUGGCAGUUUGGCAUUUCACAUGACGCUAUUAUAUGAAAUGCAAUUAUUUGAUGAAUUACCAAUGGUUUGGGGAACAUGUUAUUGUGUUUAUUGUUUAUCUAUAGUAAAACAUGAUAUGAAAUCUAAGAUUAUUCCAAAUAAACUAUUAUUAUUAAUAUUAAUAAUUAUAAGUAUUGGAUUUGCCAUAAUUUAUCUUGCUUGGCCACAACCAUUAUUGCAACAUGUUUGUUAUGGAAUACUAGUUGCUAUAUCUUUAGCACAGGAAAUUAAAUUAAUACUAGAAUUUAAAUGCGCUGUCUGUAAACGUAUGUUUAUUGUUGCAAUAGCAUUAUACCUGUUUGGGUUUUUUUUGUGGAAUAUUGAUAAUAUACUUUGCAAAAAUAUUACGAUCUUAAGAGAACAGAUUCCAAUGUUUCUUCAACCAUUCACUCAAAUGCAUGCUUGGUGGCAUAUAUUUGCAGGGUAUGGAGUUUACAUUCAAGUUCUAUUUUGUAUUCACAGCACAUAUGAUUACCAUAAAAAGUAUAAACUAUCAAAUUUACUUUUACCAGAGCAUUUGUAUUUUAGUAUACGUUGGCAAAAACCUACAAAAAGUAAUUGAUCUUUCAAUUUAAGUCCAUAGUAAACAAGGAUUAUAUUAUUAUUUGUUGUAUACGUAUUACACUUGUAUGUAUUUUAUUAAAACUAUUAUGGAAUUUAGAUACCAAUUCAAAAUUAAAUUAUUAAAUUAUUUUUACUAUUAUUUUAUUAAGAGUUACCUUAUUAAAUUUAAAGUUAAUUUAUUAUUUCAUAAUUAAUUUUAAACAAAGAACUUAAUAUUAUUUAAAUUUGUUUUGGAGCUGGAAGUGAUAAUUUGUAUAGAAUAUAAUUCUAUUAGUAUAAAUUAUUUAUAUCAUUUGUAUGCACCUAGUUAUUUUUAGAUCAGUAUUGAAAUCAUGUAAAUCACUGUUUCCCAACUUUUUAAAUUUUUUGUUUGUAAACGGAUACAUUUUCACACAUUUUAAAUUUUAAAAUAAAUUUAAAAAAUAGGUCUUACAUUGAUCAAAAGCAAUUUACCAAUGGUCAACUGAAAUUAAAAUCUUAAAUUGGAUAGUCAGUGGUUAAAUUAUAAGGUAUGUGAAUAUGCAGUAUAAUAUCUUAUAUUAAAAAAAAUAUAUAUAUUAAUGCAUA